AUGAUCGCGGGAUCAGCACCGGGUGCUCGCAAACUGUACACAUGUGCCAAUCAUUGCCAUCGACGGAUGACUAGUUGUGCUACGGGUGUCACCAAUUGGUUCCUAAUCAUCGCCAUAGUGUUGACGACCGUCACGAGUAGGUGCUGUGAAGGGGCCCAAUACGUGGCGCCGGGAGACUGCACGUGGAACCACAUCCCGCAGAGCAGUUUCGACGUGUCCCUCAAGUGCCAGUUGCGGACAAUCACCCCUUCCGGCCUUAACUUCAGUCUCAUCCAAACGGAACACACCAUUAGUCUUGAGAUUACCUGCGAUGACGUCCCUCUGUCUGAGUCGCGUCUGGAGAACGGGUCGCUCAGUCACCUCCGGUUCCUCAAAGCCCUGAGUGUUGAGAACUGUAAGCUCCAGCAGUUGACCGGCGGUGCCCUACACGGCCUCCAACAGCUCAGAAACCUGUCGGUGCGCACCCAUAACAACGACUGGGGCGCCCACUCGUUGGCGCUGACCCACGAAUCCCUGUCCAGUCUGAAGCACCUGGAGAAACUGGAUCUCGGCUUUAACUACAUCGCUCAGUUACCCCAAGACCUGUUCUGCCCACUGGCCAGCCUUAAGCACCUGAACCUCACCCACAACCGACUGUCCGACUUCGGCAGCUUCGGUCUCAUAGAUCCGGCCACUGGUCAGCUGUGCCUACAGGAGCUGCAACGCCUCGACCUGUCCUACAAUCACAUCCAAGUGCUGUCCGAGACUGGAGUGGCGUCACUGAAGAGCCUACAGGCGCUGUACCUUCAGAACAACCGGAUCUCCGAGUUGGCUGAGUUGUCAUUCUCUGCGCUCAAGAAGUUACACAAAAUUGAUUUGUCAAACAAUUUGCUGCAAACCAUACCCUCCCGUACUUUCCGCGAGUCGGAAGAGCUUAAAGAACUCCAUCUGCAGAACAACUCAUUGACAGUACUGCCGGCCGGGCUGUUCAGCGGUCUCUCCAAACUGUUGAUACUAGACCUGAGCCACAACCUCAUCGGCUCGGAGUGGAUAUUCCCCGAGACGUUCGCCGACCUCAUCCGAGUGGUUGUGCUAAACCUCGGCCACAAUCGCGUGAAACACGUGAAUGGAUCCACAUUUCAGAACCAGUACUCCCUUCAGAUCCUAUACCUCAACCACAAUGAGAUUGACCACAUCGGCGACAACUCCUUUGCCUCCCUUUACAACCUCCACACUCUUGUGCUGACCGGCAAUCGCCUCAAGAAUGUCAACGCCUUUACCUUCAAUGGUCUGUACGUAUUGUCAGACCUGUCUUUGGCGGACAACGAGCUCUCAAAGCUGGACGACAACGCCUUCAGGAACUGCAGUAAUCUCCAGAACCUGCACCUCAAUGGCAACCUCUUGUCGGAGGUGCCGGUGGCCAUACAGGCGCUCCGAUCCCUGCGGUCCCUACAUCUCAGCGAUAACGGCAUUAAAGUCAUCAAAAACUCGUCUUUCGGUGGCGGACACCAGCACCUGAUGGUCCUCAAGCUGUCCGGCAAUGAGCUGACAAACCUGACCAGAGGUACGCUGAAAGAGCUGCCGGCCCUCCAGCGCCUGGACCUGUCGUGGAACCGCAUCAACGCCUUAGAUCACGGCGUGUUUGACGACGCGCCUACACUCCGACAGAUUAGUCUGGAGAACAACUUCUUGAGUGAUAUCAACGGCCUGUUUAUGAACUUAAAUAACAUGGAAUACCUGAAUGUGUCCCAUAACCGGAUCACGUGGUUCGACUACGCCCUCAUACCCCGGUCACUGGAAAGGCUGGACAUACAUCACAAUGAGAUCGAAACGCUGGGCAACUAUUUCGAGUUGGAGUCAGCCCUACAACUCGAGGAGUUUGACGUCAGCCAUAACCUGCUUAAAGAGAUCAGCGGCUCAGCCAUUCCUAACCGCAUAAAACGGAUCAAUUUGAGUGAUAAUCGGAUCCGUGUGGUGCAUCAGUUCACGUUUAUGGCCAAACACAACAUAUCGUUCGUCGACCUCCGGAACAACUCCCUCCAGACCCUCGACAUCAACUCAUUCCGACUGAAAGCCAUAACUGUUAACAAACAGUCGCCAGAGUUUUACGUGUCGUCCAAUCCCUACUACUGUGACUGCACUAUGGAGUGGCUCCAGAGGAUCAACUCCCUGGACACCAGCACCCGACAGUACCCGCGUAUAGUGGACCUGGAGCAGGUCAUGUGUUCCCUGCCAUUCGUGCGCCACAACCAGUUGGUCCCACUGACCAAAGCCAACUCAUCCAACUUCUUAUGCAAAUACAAGUCCCACUGUUUCGCACUCUGCCAUUGUUGUGACUUUGACGCCUGUGACUGCGAGAUGAUGUGCCCCGAGAACUGUACUUGCUACUAUGACCAGACGUGGAAUACCAAUGUGGUUGACUGUAGUACCAAACAGUACCAGGCCAUACCGGCCCGCAUACCCAUGGAUGUGACUGCGCUGUAUUUGGACGGCAAUGAUAUCUAUACCCUCACGAGUCAUACGUUUAUUGGUCGCAAAAAUAUGAAACAAUUGUAUUUAAAUAACAGUAAUAUUCAUCAGAUCAGUAACCGUACGUUCAAUGGGUUGGUGUACCUGGAGGUGCUGCACCUGGAGUACAAUCAGCUACAGGUGCUGCACGGCUUCGAGUUUGAUUCCCUUCAUUACCUCAAAGAACUACAUCUGCACCACAACCGCAUCCACAGCAUCAACAACAACACAUUCAUUCACCUCAAGUCCCUACAGGUGCUGCACUUGGAGUACAACUCCAUUGUGGAGUUCCAGAUGUGGACCUUCAACCACAACACCAAACUGGCGGCCGUCUACCUGUCCAACAACCUGUGGUCGUGUCGAUGCGAAUUCAUGGACGAGUUCCAGGAGUGGUCGCGAGUGUACGCACCGGUAGUGCACGACGCCCACCACAUCCGGUGUUUUGUGAACUCGACAUACGUGGGCGCCUACAUCGCCGAGUUUAACACCACUCUGUGUGUGACCAACAGUAUGAACGGCACAGCCGUAGUGCCCAACCGGACGACCGGCCAAAUCGUGUCAUUCCUGCCCAACGCCUUCCUCCGGGAUUAUCUCAUACUUAUACUACUGGCCCUCUGCCUGGUGCUCGUGGUGUGCCUACUGAUGGUGGUGCUGUGUGUGUACCGCAAGGAACUGAAGGUCUGGCUGUACAGCAAAUACGGCGUACGGCUGUUCCACUCGCGCCGGUACGCGGGGCCGGAGACCGAGAAACUGUUUGACUCUUUCGUCUCGUACUGCAAGAAAGACGAGGCAUUCAUCGCCCAAAUACUGGCCCCGGAGCUCGAGUGCGGGCACCCGCCCUACCGGCUGUGCCUACGCUACCGGGACCUACCCAUGAGCGGGUACGUGGCCGAGGCCAUCACCGAAGCCAUCGAGUGCUCCCACCGGACAAUAAUCUUACUCUCGGAGCACUUCCUGAAGUCCGAGUGGUGUCGGUUCGAGCUGAAGGCUGCCCACCAGGAGUCCCAGUGUAACAAAAACCACAGACUUGUGGUCGUGUUGUUAGACAAAAACAAUUUGACUGAAUUGGACGCCGACACCCGGAUGUGCCUCCGGUCGGUGCCAGUCAUCCAUUGGGGUGACCGUCGGUUUUGGGAGAAACUGCGCUACGCUAUGCCGCCCGGCAGGGGUCAACUCAAGCCCAUGAACUGCCCGGACGUCAGGGCGUCCCUCGAGUUCAAGAGGGCUGUGAAUAAUAUGAAAGCCGUCUGA